AUGCCAGCCCUCAACGACAAGUCCCCAGGGACUAGCUCCGAGAGCGAAGCAGCGCCUACUGGGAUCAUCUCCUCCGAUGAACAAGACGAAGAAAAGGGCGAGCAAAGUACAGAGAAGAAUGGGGCGGUCGAAUCAGACCCAGCCCGUCCCUUCUCCGUCUUCUCCGAUGUACAAAAGUGGUUCAUCGUCCUGAUUGUCGCCUCGACGACAAUGAUUGCGCCGCUGAGCUCCAGUAUCUUCUACCCGGUCAUCCCCUUGCUUGCAGACGAGCUGGGCGUGUCGAUUACGAACAUCAACCUCACCAUCACAAUCUACCUGAUAAUCCAGGGAAUCGCCCCUUCCUUUGUGGGCAACCUCUCCGAUGUCAAAGGCCGCCGGCCCGCUCUCCUGAUUUCCUUGGUCAUUUUUGUAGCUGGCUGUGUGGGUGCUGCCCUCAAGGCCGACUAUGGCGUCCUCUUUGCCAUGCGGUGUCUGCAGAGCGUGGGGUGCAGCGGUACCAUCGCGCUGUCGCUUGCGACUGUGUCCGAUAUUGUGACGUCGGCCGAGCGCGGCAAGUAUACCUCGUACGUCCAGCUGGGGUGGAUGCUCGGGCCGUCGCUUGGACCGGUUGUUGGCGGUCUGCUGAGCCGGUACCUCAACUGGCAGGCCAUCUUUUGGUUCCUCGCCAUCUACGCCGGGGUUGUGUGGCUCGUGGCACUUCUGUUCCUCCCCGAAACGAGCCGGCAAAUCGUUGGGAACGGUUCGAUCCCGCCCCGAGCAUGGAACAAGACAGGCUUAGCUCUUGUCCGGCAGCUUGUUGGCGCCGCCCAUAUCCGGACGACUGGCCAGGCAGCAACAGACGAGAAGGAGCAACAGCAACAACCUCUGCAACCUGCCAGCGGCGGAGCACGCGCCGCUCUCAACCCGCUGCUAUCGCUCCGGCUGUUCGCAGACAAGGAGACGAGCCUGCUGCUCGUGUACAGCGGCCUCAUCUACGCGAGCACCUACAUGGUCCUCUCGACCCUGUCCGACCAGCUCGAGCAGGUCUACGGCCUCGACACGCUCCACGUCAGCUUGUGCUUCCUGGCCCCGGGAUUCGGCACUGUUAUCUCGGUCCUCCUCACGGGCCGCGUGCUCGACUGGAACUUCCGCCGGCACGCGCGCCGCGCAGGGCUGGCAAUCUCCAGACAGAAACAGCAGGACCUGGCCGGGUUCCCCGUCGAGCGGGCCCGGCUGCAGAGCGCGGUGGCCGCGCUGUGCCUCGCGGGCGUGAGCCUCGUCGCGUACGGCUGGUCCCUGCAGAAACACGCGCCGCUCGCGGUCCCGCUGGUCUUCCUGGCCUUACAGGCCUUUGGCGGCGCGAGCGCGUUCUCCGGCUUCAACAAUCUCAUCAUGGACCUGAACCGGGACCGGCCGGGCGUCGCGUCCGCGGCGAUGAACAUGACGCGCUGCUGGCUGGGCGCGGCUGGCACGGCGUUCUCGAGCCCGCUUGUCAGCGCCGCGGGUGGUGGCGGGGUGGGCUGGCUGGGCGUGGUGAUCCCGGGAAUAUGGUUGCUGUUCAGCCCCUUUGUGUUUGCGGUGCUCAGGUAUGGGCCGGGGUGGAGGGAGGAGAGGCGGCUCAAGUAGCUGGAUGGCCGUGUGGUGGAUGGAAAUACCCGGUGCUUGCGCAUUUCUGAUACGCCAUUCUUAAAAACCUUGUUUAUCGGCCAGCGGAAGCUCGGUCGGAGUGGAUAGCUGAGUGCUCAUGGCGAUGAGG